GUCGCGCGCAGGGUCGUCUGCUAUAUGUAUAGUUACACAACUAUAGUCUGUACACAGUAGUGUGUGACUUUUCGUCGAAAAAGUUUGUGUUGUUGUAGGAAGAGUAAUAAAACAUAAAUUGCAAUCAACAAACCACAAAUAUGUUUCAGUUCGGGUUCAAUAUGUUCCCGGAGAUUCCGCGGCCGUUUAAUACCCAGUACAAGUGCUUCUCGGUGUCGAUGUUGCCCGGGACCUAUCGCCAGGACGUCGAACGUGGUGGCAAGAUAAUCAUGCCACCGUCCGCACUGGAGCAGCUCACCAGACUCAACAUCAUUUACCCGAUGCUGUUUAAACUGACCAAUAAGAAGACGAACAGAAUCACUCAUUGCGGUGUACUGGAGUUCAUCGCUGAUGAAGGCAAAGUCUAUUUGCCUUAUUGGAUGAUGCACAAUCUUCUGCUUGAGGAAGGUGAGUUGCUCAAUGUAGAGAGCGUGUCGCUGCCAGUUGCGACAUUCUCACGCUUUCAACCACAGUCAGAAGAUUUCCUGGACAUCACGAACCCAAAGGCCGUAUUAGAGAAUGGUCUGCGCAGUUUCGCCUGCUUGACUACAGGCGACGUGAUUGCAAUAAAGUACAAUCAGAAGAUUUACGAGAUGUGUGUGCUCGAGACUAGGCCUGGUCCAGCAGUUAGUAUCAUCGAAUGCGACAUGAAUGUAGAGUUUGCGCCACCGGUGGGCUAUAAGGAACCAGUGAGAGAGGCGAAGAAGGAGGAGGACGAGAUAGAGCAUCUGGCUGAUCUGAUGCCGGCGCAGACUGGCUUUGUGCCUUUCCAGGGCGAAGGCGUCCGACUGGACGGCAAGAAGCGCAAGGACACGCCCAAACAGGAAACUGUAACCACCAAGCCGACCUACGUCCGAGGAAUACCCGAUUACGACUAUCAAAUAGGCACUCUUAGGUUCUUGCGAAAUAUGAAGCCAGCAAACAAUAAGGAGACAAAGGAUCCAGAUGAGUUUAAGGCGUUUACUGGUGAAGGAUUUACUCUUUUGAGAAAAUCCAGAAAGUGAUAGAAUAAUGAGCAAUGUUGUUUAUUAUUUUUAAUUUAUAAAUAAAUAUUUACGAGAGCGUUUGUGUCGGAAUGAAUGUUGUAUUGUGGAUGUUUUCUUUUGUAUUAUAAAAAUAUUAAAUAAUAAUCAAUCUUUUACUUCAAUUAUUGAUAUUGUCUAAAGAUCCUUACUAAGAUUUUAAUAAAAUAUACGUGGUUUUUUCUGUCACAUA